AACUUCGUGGGCUCCCUGUGGUUAUUGAUGGCGGAMCAGACGAACUUUUGCAAAACCUCGUAAAAAAACACCAGAAUUUAGAAGCUAAAGUUAAUAUUUUUGGCAAAAAUGAAGCUUAACAUCGAUGGAUUGUUAGUUUAUUUUCCCUAUGAUUACAUCUAUCCUGAGCAGUACUCUUACAUGCUAGAACUCAAGAAGACUCUAGAUGCAAAGGGUCAUUGUCUUUUGGAGAUGCCUUCAGGCACUGGGAAAACUGUUUCUCUUUUGUCUCUCAUAGUGGCAUACCAAAUUGCAAGACCUUUUGACCUCACAAAGUUGAUUUACUGUUCCAGAACAGUGCCUGAGAUUGAAAAGGUAUUAGAAGAACUAAAGGUACUUAUGGAAUAUUAUGAGAAAGAAACUGGAGAACAACCCAACAUGUUAGGCCUGGCUUUGAGUUCAAGAAAAAACCUGUGCAUCAAUCCCAAGGUUGUGGAAGAAAGGGAAGGGAAAAGAGUAGAUGGAAAGUGUCUGUCGCUAACAGCCUCUUAUGUCAGGCUAAGGCACAAAGAUGAUUCUUCAGUACCUGUCUGUCCAUUUUAUGAGGAUUUCGACAGUGUUGGUAGGGACGAAAAGCUGCCUGCAGAUAUAUAUAACCUGGAUGACUUGAAGGCAUAUGGUGAAAGGAAAGGAUGGUGUCCUUAUUUUCUUGCGAGAUAUGCUAUUUACCAUGCUAAUAUUGUGGUUUACAGUUACCAUUAUUUACUUGAUCCUAAAAUUGCUGACUUGGUGUCCAAAGAAUUGGACAAGACUUCUGUGGUUGUAUUUGAUGAGGCGCAUAAUAUAGAUAAUGUUUGUAUUGAUUCAAUGAGUGUCACAAUUACCAGAAGAACUUUAGACAGAAGCCAUGCUAAUGUGGAAUCUCUGGCUAAUGCUAUAAAAAGUAUUAAAGAAACAGAUGCACAGAAGUUAAAAGAAGAAUAUAACAGACUAGUUGAAGGUUUGAGGCAAGCCAGUGAAGCUAGGGAUACAGAUGUGGUUCUUGCUAAUCCAGUUUUGCCUGAUGAAGUUCUUGAAGAGGCAGUUCCCGGGAAUAUUAGAAAAGCAGAGCAUUUUGUCAGCUUUAUGAGAAGAUUUGUAGAAUAUUUAAAAACAAGACUUCGUAUUCAACAUGUUGUACAGGAGAGCCCACAGUCGUUUUUACAGCACAUUUAUCAGCAAGUCUGUAUUGAGCGAAAACCCUUAAGAUUCUGUGCAGAGCGGCUCAGCUCUCUUCUACAUACAUUAGAGAUACCUGAAGUUCAAGACUACGGCCCCUUGACACUCAUCGCUAACUUUGCCACACUUGUCAGUACUUACAACAAGGGUUUUUGCCUGAUUAUCGAACCUUUUGAUGAUCGAACGCCAACGAUUCCUAACCCGAUAUUACGUCUUAGUUGUAUGGAUGCAUCAGUGGCCAUCAAACCCGUGUUUGAUCGAUUCCAGUCUGUUGUCAUAACUUCUGGGACAUUAUCACCUAUUGACAUGUAUCCCAAAAUCCUUGACUUCCGUCCCGUUACCAUGACAUCGUUCACCAUGACCCUGGCACGAACCUGUUUAUGUCCCAUGAUCGUCAGUCGUGGUAGUGACCAGGUCGCUAUGACAACUAAAUUCGAAACACGGGAGGAUAUAGCUGUCAUUCGUAACUAUGGUAACCUACUUGCUGAGAUGUCUGCUGUAGUGCCUGAUGGUAUCGUUUGCUUUUUUACAAGUUAUCAGUAUAUGGAAGCCGUGGUGUCUAUUUGGCAUGACCAGGGUAUAAUCAGUGGUAUACAAAAAAAUAAACUUCUUUUCAUCGAAACAAAAGAUGCGUCAGAAACCAGUCUGGCUCUAUUUAACUAUCAUAAGGCGUGUGAGAAUGGACGUGGAGCUAUUCUACUGUCCGUUGCUCGAGGGAAAGUGUCAGAAGGGGUUGAUUUUGAUCACCAUCUUGGCCGGGCUGUCAUCAUGUUUGGUAUUCCAUAUGUCUACACUCAGAGCAGGAUCCUUAAGGCUCGUCUAGAGUAUCUUCGAGAUCAGUUCAAUAUCAGAGAAAAUGACUUCCUUACAUUCGACGCCAUGAGACACGCGGCUCAGUGUGUGGGUCGAGCCAUCCGAGGUAAGACAGACUAUGGCAUCUUGGUAUUUGCUGAUAAGCGAUUUUCGAAGAUGGACAAAAGRGGAAAGCUUCCUAAAUGGAUACAGGAAUAUCUAAAGGAUUCUCUUUGCAAUCUGUCCAUCGAUGAAGGAGUACAGAUCAGUAAGCGAUUUCUCAGGCAAAUGGCCCAACCAUUCGAUCAGGAGGAUCAGCUUGGAUUAUCGUUACUUACCGUUGAACAAGUACAAUCUGAAGAAUUCCAGAAACGAAUCUUACAGUCAGCGAUGGCUUGAAGCACUAUUAUCUCAUAAGUAAGCCAAACGUACAAUUACCACCCCCUCCCCCUCAACUCCCAUGCUUGCUCUCGCAUAUUGUUUUGGGUUUCUUGUGGAAAAUGUUCUGUGAAAGACGAUGGUUUCUUGAAAGUCUUGUAAAUAGACUUGUAUGUUCACGAUAGCUACCCUUCAUCCUAUCGUGUUUAAAUCAAAAUUCUAUUUAUAAAGAAAUAUAUGGAGCGAUGUUUGAUGUCAAAAGAUGACGUCACUCACUCUUACAAAAGAUAGCAAAAAUAUAACGCUUUGCAUCAGGAUUUCAAGAAAAAACUUGMAACAACCAGUGAUAAUUAGAUCCUUAGAAGAUUAUUCCAGUUAAGGUUCAGCUGAAUUAAAUGUCGGAUAAUUUU